AUGAUUGAGGACGGAGAGGAUUGGCGGAAAGUAAAGGCGAAGCGGCCACCCUUUGAGCUCCCCUCCCCCUUCCCAUUUCCCCGCUUUUUUGUCUCUCCCUUUCCCUCCCGUGACCUAGCCAAGAAACCUCACCUACUCGCUCAUAUUCCCCACUCUCCCCUCGUUUCCCCCGCUCUCCCUUCAUUUCCGCUGCUCUCCCCUCAUUUUCCUCGCUCUAGCUUCCCCUUCAUAUCACUGCUGCCUCUCUUGUUCUCUUCCUUCACGCUCACCCUCACCUCCCCUUGUCUCACUCUGUUCCCCCCCUCUCUCCCUCCACCCCCGCUUUCCGACUCACCCCUCAUCCCCUCCCCCCUCCAAUACUUCAAUUUUCCCCUCGCUGAUUCCUCCCACAUCCACCCUUCAACUCCCUCCCCUCCCCUACCACCACCCCCUCAUUUCCCUCAUCUCUCACACCCCCCUCCACUCUUCCACAACCGACCGAGCUACUCAAGUGGGUGA